AUGGCCUGUGGUGCAGCAGGACUUACCUUCACCCUGGCCUCGCAGCCGGCGACGCAGGCUCUGGAUGCGACAGCGCGGACGGCACCGGGUGCCCCUGGCCCUGGCGCUUCCUCGGAGGGCUUCGCCAUGUCCGCAGCGCCGCUGGCUGUGGGUUUGGUCGGCGGGUUGUCACUCGCCUCGUCUCGUGCUUUGCGCAGUCGGUCGGCUCGAAGGGCAACCAACCCAGAGCUCACCGAAGACUUCGAUGAUGAGCCGCCAUUCGAAAUCCGUGGCUUCUCCCUGGCGCAGGCUAUCCUGGUCCUAGGCUUUGUCCUGGUGGUUGUCUCCUUUGGCGACUAUUUCGUCUUCGGGACGAAGGGAGGAGGUGGAGGCAUCGGUGGCCUGACGUUCAUCUAUGCAGUCCCAGUGCUUCUGCUGGGCGCAGCUCUGCAAUAUGCAGAGCUCCAGCCGGUGGAGGUUGAGACCGACUCCGACGCCAUUGGACUUUUCGAGUCGAAAGCAACGACGACCAUGCGCAAGGUCAAGUCCGACGUGACCCGACACCGCUACGGUGACGAUGCGCACUUAGACUCUUCUCUGAAGGCCCUCGGCCUUGUGGGCAGCGGUGGAAGGUAUCCCAAGAUGCUGAAGAUCAUCGAGUCCAAGGCUCCAAAUGGUGAGUUUGCUUUCCGGAUGCUCUUCGAGUCUAAGGAUUUGCCCUUCACCAUCUGGAGCGACCCGAUGACCAUCACAGCCUGCGACCGGUUCUUCGGACCUGGUAUCUGGACGGAGAUCUUGAAGUACGACGCUAGCAAGCGCAUUGCGGAGCUGUCCCAUGUCUGCAACCCCAAAGCCUAG